ACACAUAUAUAUAAAAAAUGAAUUUUAAGAAAUUUCUCACAUUAUUUUGGAUGUUUUUGUUACUUGUUACCGUAAUUAAAGGUUCCUGCCUGGAAUAUGGUCACUCAUGUUGGGGAGCUCAUGGCAAACGUUCAGGCCGUACAAACAUAUUUCGUAGCGAUGUAAAUCUACCAACGGUUAAAAUUGAUUUUCCUAAUCUAAAUGCUCUUAAAGAUCAGCUCGAUCGAAAGCUCAACUAUGGUGCAGGCGCAAGUGACAUAGAUAUGCCUUUGGAACGUUCAUUAGAAACACACGGUAAACGUAAAAUAAAUCCAUCCGUGCCGGUAGAGCAAACAUAUGUGAGAAAUGAACUUUUAAAGCAAGUAAAUAAAAAUAUAAAAACUCAAGCGAUGAAAUCGUUCCGAACGAAAGAAUAUAAUAAUGAUUGGCCGAAGCGUGGACAAAGUUGGGUGCGUUUCCCUCUGUAUCAAUAUAUAACUUCAACAUAUCUGGCAAAUAAUGGAAAUAACGCGUUGUCACAGCAUCCUUCUAUCAAAAAUGAUCAGAAAGCGGAAGCGGAAAUAAUGGAAAAUGAGAUAAAUUAAAUCUGUGAA